UUCUAAGGCAAGCACUACCAAGAGGGAAAGUGUUGCAUCUAGUCCAGAGGCCCCAGUUGCUGGCUCACCUUCUCCAGAACUCCAUUCCUUAGAAUUUGAGAGGGAAUCGUCAACUGAUGAAGUCAUCAAUUCUGUUCGAUGUUUAUAUUUUGGAAGGAGUUUUAUAAUAAACAAUAUUGUUACUACUCCUACAUUAUGGGUAGGUACCAGCAAUGGGAGCAUCUACAUUUACACCAUUACACUACCUGCCACUGGCUGUAGGACUUCUGAUGCUGUUACUUGCCAAUUAGGUAAAGAAAUACAACUGAAACAUCAAGCUCCAAUACUGGGAAUUCAAAUAGUUGACCACAGUGGUUACCCUCUACCUGAUCCUUUAGAUGUUCAGUAUCAGAGAUCUAAGCCAGCAGAUCUAACAGGAAGUCAUCGAGUUCUAGUGUGUACUGAAGAACAAAUAAAGGUCUUCACGUUGCCUAGCAUGAAACCAUUUUGCAAAAAUAAAAUCACACUAACAGAAGGUUAUCACAUCUCUAAAGUUGGAUUUUCUACAUUUCCAAAAAGGAGUGAUCCUAAAGUAUGUGAAUAUUGCGCAAUAUGUCUAUCUGAUUCAAAUGGAAUCACUUUGUACAGCAUACCAGAAUUAAGAAGAUUUAUAUCUUACAAUUACUGCUGCUUGGAAAGUUUAGACAUAUUUUCUAAAACAGUUUUUGCUCAGAAUGGACUGAUGGUCUGCUUGAUUUUUCCAUCAGAAUUUGAAAUUAUCUCUUUAUCAACUUCAACAACAGGAAAACCAGUCUGUCAGAUUGAAAUUCCUGUAAAUGCCAUGGAUGCCAUCAGUUCUUUGGAUAAAAUAGUUUUGAUGCCGAAUAUUUGCCUUAAAAAUUCAAAACUUGACUUGGUUGAUGAUUCAAGUCUAGCAGAAAGCAUAGAUCCUCAGAUGCAGAAUGAAUUAAAUGAUAUUGAAGACCUUACGGAACAAGCAAGAUUCUCUCCAAUGGUGUCAAGAGAUCGAGCCUCUUUCCAGUUGGUGGAAAUAGAAGCUGAAGUUCAUGAAAAUAUUGCUGCAGAAGUGCAAGAUAAUGCUGUUAGCUUAAAUGGUGAUGUUCAGCAGCAACAGGUAAGAAAAGCACCCCUUGCAGUCAUUGAAGAAUUAAAUUCCUCAGAAGAAUCUCAUCUCAACCUGAUUAAUAAUGUAUCAAGAAGAAAUGACCAUGUUUCUUAGCAGGGGAUAUAACAUUAGAAAAUUUUUCUACUUUCUGAGAGAAACUUUUUACUGCUUCUAUUAACACGUGAGCAUCAUAUAUGUACCGGCAAUAGAACACAGCAAAUUUUAUGGUGUAUUUAUCUCUUGUGUAUAAUGUGUGUUAUUGCUAAAAAUCAGAGUUGUAUAUUUAUUUAAUUUUAUAUACUCUAUUUUUCUUUAUUUUUGCUGUAAGUUAUUCUAUAUCUAUGUAUAUUUAUCAUGCUGAUUUUUUUUUUAUGUGUGUGUGUGCAUGUCACUUUGGAGAUUUAGCAAUCACUAACAUUUAGAUGUGUUAUUGCUAAGCUUUUCUGGGCAGAAAAUGCUGGACAUUUUAAAUGAUCUGCAUAAAUUAGCAUUCACAAAUCACAGCUGUGCAAAGUUCAUCCCUUCAAGAACUGUAACAUGUGUAAAUAAAAUACUCAUUUUAGUCCUUCAU